UACUUUCUACCCGUAAUUUUGCCGAACAAGUUGAAAACAAAGCCUCUCUCGUUUGUUCACAGGCGAAGGAACAGGACUAAAAAGGGAUGAACGAAGAACAGCGAUCUAUUCUCCUUCAAUCCUCUUCUCGUUUCCCGCCGCCAAAAGGAACUAAGCUCUCUUAUGGCACCGCCGGAUUCAGAGCCGACGCAUCGAUCCUCCAGUCAACAGUAUUCAGAAUCGGGAUUCUGGCGGCAUUGCGGUCUUUGAAGACUGGAGGAGCGGUGAUCGGGUUGAUGAUCACUGCUUCACACAACAAAGUCUCUGAUAAUGGCAUCAAAGUCGCUGACCCAAGCGGCGGAAUGCUCACUCAAGAUUGGGAGCCAUUUGCUGAUUCUAUCGCUAACGCUCCAGAUCCUGAAAGUCUCGUCAAGUUGAUAACUGAGUUUGCAAAGAAGGAAAACAUACCACUUGAUGGAGCAAAAGCAGCAGUUUUAUUGGGAAGAGACACCAGGCCCAGUGGUGAAUCGCUUGUUGAAGCUGCAAACAAAGGAAUUUGUUCUGUAGUGGGAGCUGUUGCAAUUGAUAUGGGGAUUGUAACAACUCCAGAAUUGCAUUGGAUGGUUCGUGCUAGAAACAAGGGUCUGAAAGCAACCGAGCUUCAUUAUUUUGAUCAACUUUCCACCUCUUUUAGAUGCUUGAUAGAUUUGAUACCCGAGAAGAGUGGAGAUAAUCAUCAUCCAAUUGGGAAAUUGGUUGUUGAUUGCUCAAAUGGAGUGGGUGGGGAGAAGCUUCAAGUUUUGAAAGAAAAGUUGAAUGCUUUUUUGCAUUUAGAGAUUCGUAAUUCAGAUGUUGGGAUAAGUGAGUGUUUCAGGUGUGCAAGUCUAGAUGGAGAUGCGGAUCGGUUUGUAUACUUUACACUCACAUCAAAUGGAGACAACAACAAAAUCAACCUAGUCGAUGGAGACAAAAUUUUAUCCUUGUUUGCUUUAUUUAUCAAACAGCAACUAAGUAUCCUCAAUCAAGAUGUUGGUGUUGGUGUUGGUGUUGUACAAACGGCUUAUGCUAAUGGUGCAUCCACUAAAUACCUAAACGACUUGGGACUAAAAGUCGUAUUUACCCCCACGGGAGUCAAGUAUUUGCAUGGAAAAGCGGAAGAAUAUGAUAUUGGUAUCUAUUUCGAAGCAAAUGGUCAUGGAACAGUUUUAUUCUCGGAUCAUUUCUUAAGUUGGUUAGAUGGUAUAAAAAAUGAGCCUUGUUCAGGUUUAGAGAAGCAGAAUGCUGCCAAGAGGUUACUGGCAGUGGCUAAUCUGAUGAAUCAGGCUGUUGGUGAUGCCCUGAGUGGGUUGCUUUUAGUUGAAGCCAUCUUACAACAUAUGGGAUGGUCACUUGAUAAAUGGAAUCAACUUUAUCAUGAUCUGCCAAGCAGACAACUUAAGGUAAAAGUUGCAGAUAGAAGUGCUGUGGUAACAACUAAUGCAGAAACCAGUGUUGAGAAGCCACCUGGCCUUCAAGAAGCUAUCACUGCAUUAACGUCUAAAUACCCACAAGGCAGAUGUUUUGUACGGCCAUCAGGAACAGAAGAUGUUGUGAGAGUUUAUGCAGAAGCAAAAACACAGGAGGAGGCAGAUGAGCUUGCUGAUUCUGUAGCAAAAAUUGUUCAACAGUUUCUUGGCUCUCACUUCAUAGCCUAACAAGUUUCUUUCAUGUCUUUUUGCACCCAAUCAGGACAAGACAUAACACAACAAGAACAUGAUAGCCAUUGGUUUAUAUCGGACAAGAAUCCACUAUGUGUGAAUGGGAUUAAAAAAGAAUACAAUUUUUUGUUUUUGUAACAAUCUUAAAGUCAAACCUUUUUUAGUUUCAACUUGGAAUUUACAUAAACGAUUUUAUGAAUUUGACCGUUUCCAAAAUAAUAAUUUG